UCUAACCGGAACCCUGCCCUGCAGCGCAACACAGUCGAGAAGGAGAAGAGAGAAGCAAGAAGCGCAGACGAUCGAAGCCGAGAUUUGGCAUUGCAACCACCGGCCACCGCCGGAAUGGACUCACCGCCCUCAGUUAGAAAGAACCCUCUCAGUCCCGGAGAUGGCGACACUCCGAUCCGCCCUCAGCCGCCUGGCACCGGGAGCUCGCUUCCUCAGCAAGGGCGGCCGCGGCAGCUCUGGAUGUAACGUCACCGCCAGGCGAACGAUGAUUUCUGGCAGUGGAUUCAAGUCGCCGGUGUUUUGGGACGACCACUUCAAUUUGAAAAGCCCGGUGACUUGGUUUGGGAUCUUCAGCAUCGCCGUAGCAGGUACUUACAGGAUCAAAGUGAUGGUCGAUCCAGAAAAGCGGACCCGAGCAAAGGAAGAGGAAGAGAAGGCAAAACGUCUGAGAAUCCAGUUACCUGAAGUACAUUGAACACGUGCUUACAUUAAGCUAGUACUCGUAUAAAUCGUGCUGCUCGUUUGGGAUAUUGUAAUGAAGCGUUGGUUUCAGUUUUAUGCUACUUUGUGCAGUAGGUUGGAACGUGCAUUUCAUAUGUAUGGUUUCUGUAAGGAUAAGUAAUUUAGCUGGACAUAAAUUACCCCGGCACACAUUUUUUCCUACUAGACUAGAACUUGUCGAAUCUUGCUCCUGGAGAGAAAAAUGGGAUACAGUGAGCUC